UUUUACCGAGCAGCUUAGCAACGAUUCGUUUUAAAUUUCGAUAAAAAAUCAUUCAAGUUGAAUUUCAUCUUUCUUUUUCAGCAACACAUCCAAGGGUUUGGGGUCGCAGUUUAAAUUCUAAACUUCUGUCAUAUAUGUGAGAGCAACGGUGAGAUCUCCUCCACGAUGGUUCACCCAUCUAAACAGCCUCCUGCUUUCAAAACAAUGGAAGUCACGGAAAAAGCUUUUAGGCAAAUCGCGAAGUAAUUGUUCUCCUCACAAUAACAAUGAUCUCACAAAGUAAUUAUUCCGCCGACGUAUUUUCGUUUUCAAUUUCAUAAACCGGUAGAUCUACUGUUUGGAAUUUGAAAUUAUUAAAUCCAUCCAGCAUAUUGACAUUGAUUUUUGAAAAAUUUGACGCUCUCUGCGUGCGCCUGAUAAUGUGCCUAAGAUUGUUAUUUCGCGUCGGCAAGAAAACAGACUAUCGCCGCAAAAACUCGGAAGUCGUUUAUCGGAGCAUUACAAUGAAUUUACGCAUUUAAAAGAUCGAUUUCAAUCGCUUUCUAUUCAAUCUUUUGUUGAUGAAUUGACGACACUGUUGUGAAUAGUUUCCGCCACGAAAACGCGAAGCUGUUCGUCUUUGAGCAUUGAAGAACAGUGCGAUUGAAAGCCCAGUUGUUUCAGUGUUUGAAACGCAGAGCGGGACCCCAGCAUGGAUGUGAAUUCGUCUUUACCCGACAGUAACUCGACGAAUUCCGAAGACCAGCCAGCAGUAUUACCCACAGUACUUUUUUCGUUUGUAAUAGCCACUGGUUUUCCAGGGAACUUACUGAUCGUGAUCGCGAUCAUCGGUCGCCAGCAGUUAAGAGCCCCAUGUUAUUCGUUGAUCCUCAGCAUCGCUGUGGCCGAUCUUGGCAUGGCUCUCAUUGCUGCCCCUCAGCGGAUUAUUGAGAAUUACAUCGGUUGGCCUUUUGGCAGUUUCAUGUGCAAUUUCCUCGCUUCCAUUCAAGAACUCUUCGUCAGUGUUUCGGUGAUGACGCACACAGCCAUCGCUUUGGAGAGAUACCGCGCAAUCGUGCAGCCGUUUAAAGAGCGAAUGAGCUGGAAGAUGGCAAAGAUCACGGUAGCUGUCAUUUGGUUAGCCUGCUAUAUAAGCGCCGCUUUACCUCAAGCUGUUAUGCUUGAUCUCUAUCAAGAACCCGACGGGAAAGUAUACUGCAUUCCGGAGUUCCCAUCCGAUGAAGUCCGCCGCGUGUACGAAUUUUACCUCGUAAUAGUGUUCAUCGCAGUACCUUUAUUCAUCCAGUCAUGGUGUUACGUAAACGUGUUCAUGGUUGCCAACCGUGAACUGGACCGACUUACCAAGAAGAACUCGAUCAGGAAAGAUAUCCUUGAACGAAGCAAGAAAAAGAUUCGCUUGGUCAAAGUCUUGGUGUCUCUUGUAGCAGUUUUCCAGUGUUGUUCAAUUCCUCGAGGUGUGUUGAUGCUGAUAAGAGAAUUUGAAGGCGACGAAGCGAUGGAGGAAAACCAGUUUUACUGGUAUUCCGACGUAAUUUCUCUUUUCGCUUAUUAUAUCAAACAUAUGAUAAACCCUGUUAUUCUUUGGAGCACAAGCAGCGAGUUUCGAUUAUGCUGUUGAAAGUAAUCUGUCUUUUUCUCCCGAACUGGGAAAAGAUGCAUGCCAUUUUUGCAUUCCUAAUUGUGGUGAAAAUUGAAAAAAAAAAAAAACCAACAAAAAAUUCAAUCAAUCAAAACAAAAAUAGAAAACUUUUAAACUCGAACAUUCAAUUACUCUAGUCUUUGUCACCUUGAGCUGAACAAUGCAGCAGAAAUAAAGGAAAAAAUAUUUAGACGCCGCUUGAAGAUUUAAUGCGGCGCCUACAAAUUUUUGCUGUUGUUAUGGUUUUUUGUUUUCCCAGACGGAUUAAGCUGGAGUAACAUGGAAUUCUUGUAGUACAUCAGUAGGCACUACACACUUUAAAAGCGGUUUGUACUAACUAAACGACAACUCAAAAAAGCCUUGUAAUUCGUUCGAUGCGUGUUCGUUUAUCAGUAAAAUGAUGUAGUUUGUAGUGUUAUUUUAAGUUCUCCUCUGACUGCAAUGAAGUAGCUGUUAUAAGAACCUCAUAGGAAUAAACGAGGUAUUAUUGUAAUCUAUGACAGAAAAAGAGUUCCUAAUGUUAAUCAUAUUUUAGAGAACAAGGGCAAAAUUGGGCUGAAAUUUCAGCCUUACUACUUGAAUUUGCUGAAAGAAUAACUGUACUCGCAAUGAUUGGUCAACUAACUAGCAUCAUUCAUUUCUCUGUUAACUAGUCAUUCAGUCUGGAAAAUUUGAAAUUAAACAGUAUUUUCGAUAGUAA